AUGGCAGACUCAUCGCAAGGCAAAGCUGACGACGGAAUGAUCCGUCCCAUUGAAGAGGAAUCGGUUCGACGGAUAGUUGCGGGGCAGGCCGUGUCCGAUUUGGCGUCGGCUGUGAAAGAGCUGCUCGACAAUGCGCUCGACGCUGGCAGCAAGAGCAUCAACAUCCGACUCUUCAAUCAAGGCCUUGAGAUCUUGGAAGUUUCGGACGAUGGCACGGGCGUUCCCCCAGUGUCUCGGCCCUUCUUGGCUCAAGCUCAUGCUACCAGCAAAAUUCGCGCCUUUGAUGACAUCUACAGCUCUGCUACGUCGUUGGGUUUUCGAGGAGAAGCUUUGUUUUGUUUGGCGAAUCUAUCAGGUAAACUCAUUGUAGCCACUCGAACCGAAAGUGAGCCACUCGGGCAAAAGAUGGAAUUCAAACAUGAUGGGACCCUCGACGCUGCUUCGGUCGCUGUCGUCCCUCGAAAAGUAGGGACCACCGUGGCGGUGGUCAAAUUGCUGAAUUCUCUUCCAGUUCGAAGGGCAGACAUGGAACGGAGGAUCACUCAGCAUCGAUCCAAAUUGAUGCGUCUCAUGGAAGCAUAUGCCAUUUUCAGUGUGGGUGUCCGCAUCAAUCUGAUGGAUGUGAUUGAUCGGAAAGAAACAACUUUACUGGGGACGACUGCCAACAGCAAGAAACUGGAAGACACUAUCUCGUCAAUUUUGGGAAGCAAAUUCCUCGCCAGUGUCGCCCCCGUAACCAUUGAUUUGGCUAGUGCCGUGGAUGAAUCGAGUCCGAAAGGAUCCUGGAAGCUAGAAGGCUUUCUAUCCAAAGCGGCGUCGGACCAAGACGGCAACAAUGUUAAGGCAGGACAGCAGUUCUUUUGCAUCAAUGGGCGUCCCGUCGAACUACCAAAAGUUGCGCGAACAAUAGGCGACGUUUGGCGGUCAAUGGGCAGCAAAAAGAAAUACUCCUGCAUUCUCACGCUGACUCUGCCCAACCAAGAAUACGAUGUGAAUUUGUCGCCGGAAAAGAGACAAGUCUUACUCACGCAUGAGGACGCCAUUUGUGAAGCCAUACAAACCGGCGUCACCAGUUUUUGGGCCAGUCAAACCGAUGGAAAAUUCACUCCUGCGGCAAGUCAACCUUCUAAAGCUUCUGCCCCGGCACCUGCCCCAGCUAGCGACAAUCCGCAUAAAAAAGUCAUUCCCAAAAUCGACAACAUGGAGAGUUUGGCCAAAAUCCAGGAAUCCAAUCGACAACGGGCACGUGAAUUGCAUGCACAAAUACCCAAUGCACCCAGCAAGAGACAAGAGAACGAACAAAAUCAUGACAUGGAUGUUGAUGAAGAUGACAAUGAGGGAGAGGAUGAAGAUGAAGAUGGUCAAACAGCUGCGAAAAGGGAGUACAUGCGUCGAUUCAAGCGAGAACAGAACGAACAACGACGCCUAAAUGCAAGUGGUGCAGCCGAUUUAUACGAAGACGAUAAAAAAGCCAAAGCAUCUAUGCCGCAAGAACCAACAGGCAAUGGGGAGUCUCCUCGUGUGCGGCGUCGCGGUGGCUUCGUUCACGACAUAUCCACAGCCAAACAGUGGGAACGGCCAUCAUCCCUGGAUCGCAACUUUCAGAUUCCAGAGGGCAUUGAGGAUCCUUCCGAUGAUGAAGAAGAGACCAAGAAAGAAGGGCCUCCUGAAAAACGGCGUCGGACAGGCCCUCCUUCGCCUGUUCCAGCCAAGAAGGAAAAGGACGUUGGUCCCACCGAUGCCUGCUCUUCGCGAAGAGUCACGCUAAGUCUGAACAAUGAAGUUGCAGCAUCUGCUGCCGCGGGAUCAGUGCCGGUGGGGGCCAGCGAUGGUGACAAGUUGCGAUGGGUGGACGCACAGUCUCGAUUCAAUAAGGGAGACGAAAACAAUCCAGAGAAGGAAAUUGAUGUCCUACUGAAGAGCUCGGUGAGUCCCAAGCAAGCCUAUCAAACACCACAUGUAGCCCCUGGUCGGUCGAGAAGGACUAACAAUGCUCCAGCCCUAAACUUGGAACAAUUCGCUUUCGGGAAAGAGCCCUCCAAGACAGCCACGCAACCGGCUGUCUCGCCAGAGGAGGCGUCCGGAGAAGCCAGUGGUUCAGCUCGGCAGGAUAGUAGAAAGGCCUCCAAGCGGAGGAAGACAGAUCCAGAAACGAAAAGCGAGGAGUUGAAGUCGCCCGAGUCGGACCUUGUUGCUCAACAAUCAGAGCGAUCGCCUGGCGCCAGCGCGGUUGUCUGGGAGUCAUUCGGCACAGAAAAUGUCGUGAAAAUGGCGAGGUUGGAACGGCGAAGUGGGCUGGAACGAAAACGUCGGCUCCAAGAAGCACGCCGAGAUCAGAAAAAUGAUGACGGGAAGGAAACAAGCAAGGUUUCCUUGGCUCAAGGUGAUUUUGCAAAGAUGAGAAUUCUUGGACAGUUCAAUUUGGGAUUCAUUCUUGCUUCCGAUGAGCAAAAUCACCUUUGGAUCUUGGAUCAACAUGCUUGUGAUGAGCGGGCGAACUUUGAACGCUUGAUGCAAACUACUGUGAUGCACCAUCAACAGCUGAUUGCACCCAUGCCGCUGGAGUUGGAUCCUUCCGAAGAAACGUGCAUUUUGGACAACAUGGAGAUUUUUGAGAAGAACGGUUUCCGUUUCCAAUACAACGAAGACAAGCCUCCUCGGCACCGCAUGUCACUCACGGCGCUUCCCCACUCUGGUGCUCGUGACGGGCGUAAAGCAGUCAAUUUUGGCAAGGAAGAUGUUUCGGCUCUUUGUGUAAUGCUGGGAGCCGGAAGUGGCGCCGUUUUUGAAGACGAAGCGAUUAACUACGCCGAUGGGUCUGCUGGAGGUGGCACGGGAGCUGACGGUAGUGGCAUGUAUGGCAACAAUGCUGUUCGUCGCUACGCAGGAUCUCAAUUGACUUCGACACAGGAUGGCGCGGACAAGGUGAUCACUCGGCUUCCCAAGGCGAUUGCGAUGUUCGCCAGCAGGGCUUGCAGAAGCUCUGUCAUGGUUGGCACAGCUCUGUCGAAGAAGGAAAUGGAAAAGCUCGUCAAGCAUUUGGAUGAGCUGGACGAUCCUUGGAAGUGCGCUCACGGUAGACCCACCUUGACCCAUUUAGUGGACUUGAAGGAAGACCUGAUCAAAGAUCAACGCAAAGCGGCAGAAUUGAUUUCAGCGCCAACUCUUGGUAUGAAUUUGUCGCAAGAGGACGACGACAAGAAUCCUUGA